UGGACGCAGAGAUCGUCUCCAUCGGCUGCUUCCAGAAAUCGGCCCCGAAACGGGGCCUGGUGGUGGGCAUCACCUUCAUUAAGGACUCCGGGGACAAGCCCAGCCCCUUCCUCAACAUCUACUGCGACUACGAGCCGGGCUGCGAGUUCGACCUCGACUCGGUGGCGCAGAGCUGCCUGAACCUGGAGCUGCGCUUCACCCCCCUGCAGCUGUGCCAUGCCGAGGUCCGCGUUGGGGACAGAUGUGACACCGUGUUCCUGCUGAGCGGCACCGACCCCGGGAUCCAUCUGUACCGGGAGAACGAGGGGCUGCACCAGUUUGAGGAGCAGCCGGUGCACGAGCUCUUCCCUGAGCUGCAGGAGCUGCCCAGCAG